GCUAUUCUGUGGUUAGCAAAUUCCUUGUCAUAUAUAUUUCUAUGGUACCUUUUCCGCGGUUAGACUUUAAUUUUAUAAGAAAAAUUGUUUGAAUUAAAAUAGCUAUUUUAAAAAAUAUUAGAAGAUGUCUGGACGAGAGGGCGGAAAAAAGAAACCCCUUAAGCAGCCCAAAAAGGACAGCAAAGAGCUUGAUGAUGAGGAUCUGGCUCUUAAGCAAAAACAGAAAGAACAACAAAAGGCCCUUCAAGAGGCUAAAGCAAAGGCGGCUCAGAAAGGACCGCUAGUUAGUGGCGGAAUCAAAAAGUCCGGUAAAAAGUGACGAAUGGUGAAAUAACUGAAAUAUUUUUAACAAAAUUUUUGUAUAUCCAAAUAAAUACAUUUUUAACAUUUCAAACUGUAUAAAUAAAUGUUAAUAAAAUAAAC